CAUUCGAAAACGUGUUCAUCCUCUGGAAGUCAAAAUGAGGAUCAUCGACUUAAACUCAUUGAAAAAGAUAUAAAAUUUCGUUGUUUCAAUUAAAUUAUCGAUUUUAUAAGGAAAAUAAAAUUCUAUGAAUUAAGUCAUCGUCCAAAGUGGUGUAUUCUGUAUUUUCUAUCAUAAUAAUCGAUUAAAAUCAUUUAAAGGUUAGAAACAAAUUGUCAUCACCUGAUUAGAAACAAACGAAAAAACUAAACUGACCAGUGACAUAAGAUGAAUAUGUUUCCUUCAAAAAGCGUUAAUCAAUAAACUGAUUGAUAAUUCACCGUAAUAAUGGCGAGAAGUUCUAGUAAUGACGAUGUUAUGACCAUUGAACCGAAAAGCGAGAAGAAAUUGAAGAAGAAGGUGAUAUCAGUGACUGAUGAGAAUGAAGGAGCAACAUUUAGUAAACCAGAGGGGAACGCAAAGAAAUCGAAGAGAAAAAGAACAGAAAUAGUCGAAGCUCCAGAGGAGGACCCACCUAAGAAGCCGAAGAAGGCAAAAAAAAAAAAAGAUGACACUGACAAAGCAAAUGAAGAACCCGAGGGGGAUGUGCCUAAUAAGCCUAAGAAACCCUCAAAUAGGCAACUAAAAAGAGAGAAGAAAGAGGCUAUAGAAGCAGAAAAAAGGGAUGCUAGUAAAGUUGAAGCUAUGAACAAAGCCCUUCAGUAUAUUUCGACGUGGAAACAUGCAAAGAGUCAAUGGAAAUUCGAGAAACUCAAGCAAAUCUGGCUGAUGGAUAAUUUACUAGAUGACUCAUUAGUCCCGGAGACGAUGUUCCCAACUGUCCUAGAAUACUUUGAAGGCUGCAAGGGAAUGGCUAGAGAGUUACUCUUGAAGAAGGGUAUGGACGUCAUAAAGAAAUAUGAAACGCAGCAAAACUCUUCUGAAGAAGUUGUAGAGACUGUGGAGUAUACGAGAGCCAGACAAUUGCUCCAAGCUUUACCAACAGAAACGUGAAUAAUCUCGAAUUGAUAUAUAUUAUUUAAUAAAAAUUUUCCACCUUAUAUUUUUCAAAUCUGUUGUGUAUAAUCAACGCUCACCAAUUAUUCAUUAAAAUAAUUUAUAGCGAGAAAAAUUCUGUAUAUAGACUAUGCGAAUGGUUCUGUACAACGAAAUAAAUUUCUGUUUAAUCAA